UGCCGGUUUCCUGGGCUUGCCAGACACACAGGGCGGCACCUUCCUAUUUCUCCCUGGCCACAGCCCUCCCCUCACAGUUGAGCAUCUGUUUGCCUGAAGUUAAUUUCCAGAAGCAGGAGUCCCCAGAGUGGGCCAGGGGGAUGAACCGUGAAGGAGCGCCCGGGAAGAGUCCGGAGGAGAUGUACAUUCAGCAGAAGGUCCGAGUGCUGCUCAUGCUGAGGAAAAUGGGGUCAAAUCUGACGGCCAGCGAGGAGGAAUUCCUGCGCACCUACGCAGGGGUGGUCAACAGCCAGCUCAGCCAGCUGCCACCGCACUCCAUCGACCAGGGUGCAGAGGAUGUGGUGAUGGCGUUUUCCAGGUCGGAGACGGAGGACCGGAGGCAGUAGCUGCAAACCCCUUGGAACACCUUGGAAGCUGUCAAGGGCCAAGAGAUCGGUGUGGCUCCUCGGCUGGCUGAGUGGCAGCAGAGCACCUCGCCCUACCUUCCCCUGCUCCCAUCCCCUGCCCCACCCCGCCCCGCCCCACAGCCACUCAGGGGGCCAGCAUCAAGGGGACACCAGCGAUGCAUUUAUGAUUGGCUUAAAGGGAUGGACUCAUGAUUGGAUGCAGGAAGAAACCUUUUUAUUUUUAAAUCUUGACCAACAGAAACCUUUUAUUUUUAUUUCUGACUCUUAUUUUUUUUUAAAACUUGCGCCUCGGUAUCUGGCUUCCUAGGAAGCUCUCCGGGCUCUGGUGCUUUAGUUAGGUCAGUUUUUAGAAAUGUGAAGAGGUCCGACUGGCUGCUUAAACUGGAAAGGGAUUACGAUUGGCUGGUUAAUGGGAAAGGGUUUUUUUUUUUUCUUUGAUGGGCUGCAGGUGUUCUGCUGAUAUCAGCAACUUCUCUAUUUUGAAUGCAGAAAACAGGGUCUGGGACAUUAGUUGUUAUAUUUGACUUGAAAAAAAGAAAGAAAGAAACCAAGUGCGCUUUGCAAUAUUUAUUACACAAAGAGCUUGCUGCUGCCUUCA